AUGAGUGGGAUCGACCUUCACGAGGUAGCUGAUUGGUAUCAAUCCGUUAGCAAGCUUCUAUCCCUUUCAGAACUACAUUUGUCCAGCUGUGGACUCGAAGGGCUGGUUCCUUAUCAGCUUGGCAAUCUCUCAAGCCUUUGUCAUCUCAACUUUAUCUAUAAUGAUCAACUUUAUGUUGAUGACCUUAGUUUGAUCGCUCGUCUUUAUUCCUUGGAAUACCCUGACAUGACAGGGUCAACCUUAGCAGGGCAGUUAAUUGGCUUCAAGCGAAGUAUUUCAAAUCGUCACAUGUUGAGCUAUUUAGAUUUCGAAAAAAAUAUUCUUCGCGGGCAAAUCCCAGACGAGCUUGGGCAAUUGAAACAUCUUGAAUAUGUGUCACUUAUUCGCAACUCAUUGUCUGGUCCCAUUCCAGCAUCUAUUGGAAACUUAUCGGCCGUGAGAUUAUUAUGUCUUAAUGAUAAUCAAUUGAAUGGCUCUUUUCCAAAGAGUGUGGGAUUCCUCUCAAACCUUGAGGAAUUACACGUAGGUCAAAAUUCCAUUUCAAGCAUUGUUUCCGAAGUCAAUUUUGCCAACCUCUCAAAAUUAAAAAUUUUGGAAAUGUUUUUAAACUCUCUCUUCUUCAAUGUGACUUCCGAUUGGGUUUCCCCUUUUCAACUUGAUGAACUUCAGAUGAGCUCCUGCGAGAUGGGUCCAACAUUUCCUUCAUGGCUACGAACACAAGCAUCUUUGUCUGCGUUAGACAUUUCUGAGUCGAAAAUUUCAGAUGUAGCUCCAAAAUGGUUGUGGAAGUGGGUGUCACGUAUUGAGUCUAUCGAUCUCUCUAACAAUCAGAUAAGCGGAGACAUAUCCAACGUGUUUCUAAAUUCUAAUGUUGUUGAAUUGAGUGCUAAUCUUUUCAAAGGUCAGUUACCACAUUUGUCUCCAACUGUUCAAAUGUUGAACUUUGCAAACAAUUCUCUCUCUGGACCCAUUUUGCCAUUCUUGUGCCAAUAUAUGAAAAGAAAAAGUAUGUUGGUAGUUCUAGACCUAUCGAAUAAUUUAUUAUCAGGCGAACUUCCUCAUUGUUGGAUGCAUUGGCAAAAUCUGGUUCAUGUAAACUUGGGUAGGAAUCACCUAUCCGGUAAAAUUCCUAAUUCAAUGGGUUCGUUGAGUAUGCUCGAGUCAUUGCAAUUGCACAGUAAUACAUUUCUUGGAGAGCUACCUUUAUCAUUGCGGAACUGCACCGUAUUGAAGUUCAUUAAUUUAGGUGAAAAUGAACUUUCGGACUCAUUCCAAGUUGGAUCAGAGAAUUGUUAA